CGAGAAUCUCGUGCAUUUCGACUUUCACGAGUGACGCGUGGCUGUUCACUACACUUACACUGUCAAAUUUGAGGAAAAAUACAUCGUAUUAUACUUUGUACUAAAGUGUACAUAAUUUUUUAUUUGUUUUGGCAGGAUAUAGAAAGUGUUAACAUUGCGAAGAUGGGAUAUUAAUGCAUACACGUUUCGUCACGCACCAAGAAAGUGAUACAAGAAGUGUCAACCUGAUGAAGUUUUUAAGACUUACAAGUUUUUACAUCAGUAUACAUUACGAAUAUGUCUUAUCACGUAACAAGAAUGUGUGAGUAUCAAUUAAGCUGGGUUUAUUCAUCGAUAAUUGCACAUUGCAAAGCCGCCAUAUACUAAGUAAAGAUUACCUGUUCCUGAUCAUCUUUGCCAAGUGAAAUCGAUUAGAAAAUGGCACAAACAAGUUCGUCGUCCAAGGAACUACGUUACAUUUAUUUGGCAGCUGCUACAAUUAUAAUUUUAGUAAUUUCAUUGACACAGAUUCAGGACAAAUAUGCUUCUGAAAGAUAUGCAAAUUUUUUACGUCAGUUCAAACCGGCAAAUCACAGCGAGGUUAACGUUUCCAGAUACAUGUACACUGUGACAAAGUUAAAACCGGAACAACGAUUGCAAUCAUUCUGCAAUCAUGUGGACACUGUUAAUAGGCUGAAAAUGACAAGUCUGAAAUUUUCUAGAGUAACGGUUAUAAAACUUGAUGAUGAAGGGAAUAUAACAAUUGCUAUAGAAACGUUUGAUAUGAGCAAUAGAAGAAAAACAAUAGGCGAUGACGUCAUUGUCGUCUGGGCACGCCAAGCAAAUGGAGACGGAUCCGUUUCCGGUCACGUGAUUGAUCACAAAAAUGGCUCAUAUACGGCCAGUGUAAAAGUGUACUGGACUGGAAAGACUAAAGUGACAUUGAAAUUGGCUUCUUCCCUUGAAAACACUUGUCUCCGUAUGAAAGCCUUGAGAAAAUACGGAAAUACAGUAUUUGCUAUGCAAAAGGCAUGGGGAAUAAGGGGAACAUUCCGGACAAAUCUACUUAAGGAGCUUACUGCUUGUGGUGCUAACAAAAUGAUUUUUGAAUAUGAAAAAGUUUGCAAUUUUACAAGUCUUAAUGGUGGUAUGUCAUGGUUUUGUGGAAAACCAAAACGCGCGACAGUAAAGUGCUCAGAUAUUAAAUAUUUUGGAACUGGGUCAAUUUAUAACAGUAUGGUGCCUCAAAAAGAAAAGAUACGAAAUAAAGGACAUGGAAUUUUUAAAAAGACAUUGUAUCUUGAAAUCCCAACAUUCAAUAAAGCAAUAAGGGAGGUUUCAUGCAGUCAGCGUCCAGUGUCGUCAUCAUGGACGGAAUCUGGUCCAAGUGGUUACUGGUUGUAUAAUAGAUGGAAUUUUGUGAAUUGUUUCAGCAAUAUAAAACAUGAUGUACCAUCUUACGUGCGGUGUCUGAAAAAUAAAAAUAUUGUGCUAAUUGGAGAUUCUACUGUAAGACAAUAUGCAGAAUAUUUCAUUGAACACGUCCUAGAUCUUGGACAUGUUAACAUGAAAGACGCCAUAGGGCCAAAUGAACAAUAUCAUGCAAAGAAAUUAUUCACAAAUUAUGGAAUUAAUUUAAUGUAUGUUAAACAUGAGAUGCCGUUCCAUAAUCCAAAUUUUCCACCAAAUGGUAUUGUAUCUGUGCCCCAACUUUUGCAUUCACUAGAAAAUUACAAUGAUAGUAAUAAUUCAUUGAUUUUAAUAAUAAAUUAUAAUUCUCAUUUUUCCGCGUAUCCGCCGUCAAAAUUUAGGGAAAGAAUAAGACAUUUGGCCAUGGCCAUCGAAAGUUUUGUUAUUAGAAAACCAAAUACUAAAAUAUUCUUUAAGGGACCACAUAUUUGUAUAGAUGAUAGCCGAUGGUUUGAUGCGAAAAUUUCACUUCUCUUUGAAGAAAUCAUCAGAGAAGAGUUUUCAAAACUCAGACACAAAGUUAUAUAUUUAGAUGUUUGGUCAAUAACAAUUGCCCAUAAUAGUGAAAAUCUUCAUCCUGUAGGAAAUGCGUUUAAUAGUCAAAUUCAUCAAUUUAUGUCUUAUAUAUGCUAAAGUGUUGUGCUUUAACCUAAAAUGUUAAUACCUUUGUCUGAAAGUAACUAUCCACAGUAAGUUUACAAAUUUACCGGUACAUAGUGUUAAAGAUACAUACUUUUGAUAUCACUAGCAACUUGUUUUUAGAUAAUCCUUGAAGGUGUGAUAAGAGAAAACAUGGACGACAUAAUUGUAGGACAGUUAGUCAUAUUAAGACAUACAUCUUUGACAAAAACUUAUUGAUUUAAGUUCCAGACUACACAAUAGUUCUGUGAGGACACUGCAAAUAGUGGUGAAUUUGUUUUUAUUGUUGAGUUUCUUCUUUUUUUCCCUAGUUGUUUAAAAUGAGGAAAGUUUUUAUUUUAAAUGUACAAUAAGUUUAAGUCUCAAAAUAUGUUCGUUAUCAAAAAUUUAUCGGGGUAAAAACGGCUUUAAUAAAAAGUCUUGGAUAUUUUGGAUCAAUGAAUUAAUUAUAAUAAUUAUAUACACUUAUGGUAUACAAAAUACAUUUUGUUAGAGUUUGUUACAGUUUUAUACAAAGGCUAUGUAUAAAUAUAUAAAUGAACGUUGUAUUCUAGUAAAAUAUACAAAUGUAUAUUCCCAUGAAGUUACCGCUAGUGUUUUAGGAGCUGUUAGCAUUACCCUCUCGCCAUUAUAUAGUGCGUGCCUCAAGAUGAACCAUAAUAUUUCAUGGAAAUUAUACUUGAGAAUUGUAUAAUAAUUCUAAGAAAUGUAAAAAUAAUAAGAUAAAAGAAUACUUUGCUUGUUAAUUAUAUGCUAUUAAGGACUGAUUUUAUUAAGACUGUAUUCCUCUCCAUAUUUCUACUGCAUGGCUUUCGAGUAAGGGCUAUUUUGCAUAUUUUGAAAUCUUAAAUGACAUUUGAUGGACAUUUUCACUAUUUAAAUAUGUCACCAAUUCAGAAAGGCAGAUAACCCUAAAAUUUAUUUUUGUAAAAGUGUGCCCUUCUUCUUAAUUAAAAGGUCCAUAUCUCUUCAAAAUUUGAAUACAAUUAACCUUAUAAUUUAUUUUUGCUCAGCUCAGUACUUUGUUAAUUUCAAUUUUUUUGGUUGACUUCUUAAGGUACAUUUUGUCAAAACCUAUCGAAGAUGUAACAAAUUCACUUCAUGCUUGGAGUUCUUAUUCACGAUAAGUUGAAUAUUUAAUAGCAAUGACAUGCCAACUUAUAUUUUUCAAAAUAACAAAACGCCAUGACUAUUUACAUUUUUUGGCAAUUUUUCUGUCCAGAAAUGAGUGCUUGGAUAAUCAUUUUUUGUUGAAAAAUUGUUACGAGUAUCUGCACCGGGGACUUUUAUGUAGGCCAAACACGUUUGUGUUUUAUAUUAUUUUUAAUUUAUUAUUUUUACUUCAUUUUAUAUAUUUUUUAGAAUAUUUGCCUUUUCUCAAAAACCAUCAAAUGUUUUCUCUUCAAACUUGACGUAAUUGUUUUCUACAAAAGGCCGGUAACUAUAGCAAUCACUUUUGUUUAAUUAUGGCCCUUUUUCUAUUUCUUUUCUUUUUUUAACUAUACAGCACUGAGGAAAGUGAAGGACAGUCCUUUCUGCGUUUAUUUCUCAAAGUCAGAGAUAUUUUUCACAAUAAAAGAAUGUCAUGACCGUGUUUACUUUUUUGGCAUACCCGAAAUAUUUUUGAAAAAUUGUUACAAGUAUCUGCACCGAGGCAUUUGUGUUUACAAAACACGUUCUUGUUUUGUUUUUUAUUUUUUUAAUUCUUUUUUCAUUAAUUAUUUUUACUUCAUUUUAUCUCCUUUUUUUAAAUAUUUGAUUUAUCCAGCAGAGCAUAGUCAUUGUUGUGUUUAUUUCUCAUAUUCGGAGAGAAUAUAAUGUUUGCCAAAAAGGUUAUUGUUCUGUAGUAGAUGUCUAUAUGAAUUGUUGUGUUUGUAUUUAACUUGUUCUUGACGUUAAUAAUAAAAAUU